UUAUGAUUUCGCAGUCCAGCUAUGAUGAUCACAAUAUCCUCUGCCUGCGGGACAUUUUUUCAUCCAUGUCAUGCCAAGACCCUUCAUGGAUUGUAGUGAACUAAGUAUCAUUGAAGCAGGAAAAUAUUGUAUUCCAUUAUCCAU